CCCUCCAGACAAACCCCACCACUGCAAUCUUUGAAAUACUAUAUCCUCUCCUAUAUUCACUGGCCAACGUGUUGCUCCUAAAAUCAAGAUGGAGCUCUUACAGUGUUCAUCCACUUCCACUCAUCCUCAACAAUUUUCUUCCAUCAACCUUCCCAACCGAAUUGUCUCUCUCCCCUCUCCUUUUCUCACUCAAAAUUCCUCCAAAAUUUCUCUGGGAUUUCAUAGAAACUUGUCUUCACUUCGCUUGAGAUGCUACAAAUUACCCAGCAUUACCAUCUCCAACUCUCCGACCCGUUUCUCAAUCCGGGCUUGUGCACAAGCUGGAGCUGCUGGCUCCGAUCCAGUUAUAAGCAAAGUUACUGAAUUCAGAGAUGCAUUUUGGAGAUUCCUAAGGCCACAUACUAUUCGCGGAACAACUCUAGGUUCCUUUGCUUUGGUGGCUAGAGCUCUGAUUGAGAAUCCAACUUUAAUAAGAUGGUCUUUAGUGUUGAAGGCAGUUUCUGGUCUUGUUGCUCUGAUAUGCGGGAAUGGCUAUAUAGUGGGCAUUAAUCAAAUCUACGAUAUUGGUAUUGAUAAGGUAAACAAACCUUAUCUACCUAUAGCAGCAGGGGAUCUUUCAGUUGGAUCUGCAUGGGUGCUAGUGUUGCUUUUUGCUGUCACUGGACUUUCCAUUGUUGCAUCAAACUUUGGUCCUUUCAUAACAUCCUUAUAUUGCCUGGGAUUGUUUCUUGGAACCAUCUAUUCUGUUCCUCCUUUUAGAAUGAAGCGAUUUCCUGUUGUAGCAUUUCUCAUAAUUGCAACGGUUCGUGGAUUUCUUCUUAAUUUUGGUGUAUAUUAUGCCACAAGAGCAGCUUUAGGACUUCCAUUUGAGUGGAGUUAUCCUGUGGUUUUCAUCACAACAUUUGUGACGUUGUUUGCAUUGGUCAUUGCCAUAACAAAAGAUCUCCCAGAUGUGGAAGGUGAUCGGAAGUUUCAGAUAUCAACCCUAGCGACAAAGCUUGGGGUGAAAAAUAUUGCACUGCUUGGUUCUGGGCUUUUGCUAGUUAACUAUAUUGGGUCUAUAGCUGCUGCUAUUUACUUUCCUGAGGCAUUCAGGCGCAGCUUGAUGAUACCUACACACACCAUUUUGGCAAUUGGUCUGAUUUUCCAGACAUGGUUGCUAGACCAAGCUAAUUACUCCAAGGAAGCAAUUACAAGUUUCUACAGAUUUAUUUGGAACCUAUUUUAUGCAGAGUAUAUCAUGUUUCCUCUGAUUUAAAAACUGUACUAGAACUAUGGGGAAACAAGUGAUAGUUUUCCUGAUUUUGUUUAUAUAUCUAUCUAUGUACUUUCUGUAUCUAAUGACAUAACAUGUACCCUUUUUUGGAACCAUGUACUGUACCAAUAUGUCCAACAUUUUAUGUAUAGGAUUGUUGGUUAUCA